AUGGAGUCAAAAACUGAUGUCGGAUCAGCAUCGGUGACCAGCGAAGAACUGGCUGCUAUUGAGGAUGAAGAGGUUCUCAACAAGAUGCUGGAUACUGCAACAGAUUUUGAAGAGAGGCGAAUGCUACGUGCUGCUUUAAGGGAGCUACUCAAGAAAAAGAGAGAUAAACGGGAGCAGGAUCGAGGGUCGAGGCAGCAGGACCUGAGACAGCAGGGCCUGAGCAAAGGAGGGACAACAGGCGGGGCUGUUAGCGUAGGCAGAGCGUCCAUGAACCAGCAGCCACCAGCAAACAGGCCGUCAGGUCAGCCCUCUCCAUCAGCAGGCAGCAAGGCCAGUCCCGCUGUAGACUCAGCUCAGAAAUGUCCUCCUGCUGCAGCACCCAACGUAAAAAAUGUCAAACAGAUGCUUCUGGACUGGUGCAGGGCCAAAACAGAGCCAUAUGAGGGGGUGGACAUCCAUAACUUCUCCUCAAGUUGGAAAGACGGCAUAGCCUUCUGCGCCUUAGUGCACCGCUUCUUCCCCGACGCGUUUGAGUACUCGAUCCUCAACCCCAACAAGCCCAAGGAAAACUUCCAGCUGGCGUUCAACACUGCAGAGAGGCUGGCUGGCUGCCCUCCUCUGCUGGACGCGGAUGACUUAGUCCGGAUGAAGGAGCCCGACUGGAAGUGUGUGUACACGUACAUCCAGGAGUUCUACCGCUGCCUGGUGGAGAAAGGCCUGGUCAAAACCAAAAAGCGAGCGUAGAGUCUGACAGCUGUCAUGAUUGGCCGCGAUUUUACAAUUAACACACAUAUAAGCAUGAGCUGAGUUCUAAGAGAAAAUACUAUGCACCUUUUUUCAAGUAAAUUUUUCUUAGAGUUGAUAUUUAGUAUUUAAUGGAUCCGUUUGACGCUUUAUGUUACUGUAAAUGCAGAGUACCUAAUGUGUAGUAUUUGAAUCGAUUUGUGUACUAGUAGGGACUUAUGGGUGUCUGUGCUCUCAGUGGACAGCUGGCUCUUAGGAUCAGUACAUUCCACUGAGAUUACAGAUCUGCAUUAAUCCCCAUCAGAGCCAUAGAAAGUCUGGGAACAAAUUUUAUGAUGAUGCUGUU